CACAUCCCAACUUGGCCUGUACUAGGAAAAACUGAGGAAAACUUCCUUUAAACGAAGACAAAAACAAGGAUCUCUACCUUUUCUUUCAUCUCUUUGAACCGAUCAACAAGUAACGCAAUGUCGGAAAACACAAACACCUGGCAUUUCAUCAAGCUGGCGACGGCAGCGGCUUCGUACGCACUCGUGCAGUAUGCGCCCAACUACGGCGUCACCUCGAGCUCCGGCUACUUGGGUACUUUUUUCACCACCUACGGCGUUAUUUUCGCUGUUUGGGCUGUAUAUGCCAAGUUCGUCUGGCCCAAGUGGUUGAACCCGCUGUCUAAACUUCCUCAGCCCAAGGGCGUCACCUUGCUCAACGGCCACUUUGGUCAAGUCUUUAACAAGGGCUUCGGCGAGACCGAAGCACAAUGGAUGCGCGACAUCCCCAACAAGGGCUUCGUCUACUACCUCGCACAACUCAACCAACCCCGCCUAAUCGUCACCUCGCCCACCGCCCUCCGGGAAAUCAUGAACCGCACCUACGAGUUCAUCAAACCCCCGGGCGUCAAGCUCUUCGCGGCCAAGAUUCUGGGCAUCGGCCUCGUGCUCUCGGAGCGCGAACAGCACCGUAUUCAGCGGCGGGCGUUUUUGCCCGUUUUUGCGCCGAAGCACAUUAGAGAUAUGUAUCCCAUUUUCUGGGCUAAAACUAGGGAGGUUACGGAGACUUUUACGAGGUUGGUUAGGGGAGGUGGCGAAAGGGGAGAGGCUACGAUUGAGGUUGGAGGGUGGGCGGCUCGGACGGCGCUUGAUGUCAUUACGUUGACGACGGUGGGGAAGGACUUUGGGAGUGUGGCGGAUGAGAACUCGCCGUUGAGUCGGGUGUACAGGACGGUUGUGUACCCGACGAGGGCGUUUCUGGUCUUGGCGAUUCUCAAGUUAUAUUUUCCGGUGUGGCUUAUUGAGAAUCUACCCCUGAAGUGGAACCACUACCAAAACGAAGCCUGCGCCACCAUCCGCACCAUAUGCCGGCAACUCCUCGCCGAGAAACGGCAAAAGCUCUCGGAAAAGUCACUCCACGACAAGGAUGUACUAAGCGUCUGCCUCCAAUACGAAGAAAUCGCCGAUGUAACCGAAGAAGAAGUCAUCGACCAGAUGACCUCGCUCCUCGCCGCGGGCCACGAGACCAUCUCCGUCGGCAUCACUUGGGCCAUCUACAUGCUCUGCGUGUAUCCCGAAUGGCAGACCCGGCUUCGGGAAGAAGUCCGGGCGAACGUUCCUAGUCCUUCUGCUGCCGUGGAUGAUGACGGCAGAGGAGGGGUGACGGCGGACCAGGUCGAGCAUAUGCCGCUUAUGAACGCGUUUUUGAGCGAGACGGUGAGGAGGUACCCGCCUAUCCCUUUGACAAUGCGGUACUCGACUCAGAAUACAACGCUCGACGAUGUCAUUGUCCCUGAAGGAACGCUGCUCAUUGUUCCCAUUAAGGGUAUCAACCGGGAUGAGCGCUUCUGGGGGCCUGACGCUGAUAAGUUCCGCCCCGAGCGCUGGCUUUCAGCUGAGAAUGGAAACUAUCUGAGCACUGGCGGGGUGAGCAACAAGUACGGUAAUCUCUCUUUCCUUCAAGGUGCCAGAAGCUGCGUGGCGCAGAAUUUCAGCCGGGCCGAGAUGGCGUGUAUCAUCUCAGCUUGGGUGGGGAGGUUCAAGUUUGAGUUGGUGGACAAGCGGUUGAUGGAUGAGAACAAUAUGGAGGUUUCGAACGGGAAUCUGUCCGGGAAGCCGUUACAUGGGCUGGAUGUCAAGUUGAGAAUUGUUGAGGGGUGGUAGAUUCUGCGGGGUGGGUUCUUAUGAUAGUUUUUAUUUUCUUCGUCGAGUCUAGACCGGGUUGCUGGCUGGUUUCGAAUAUGGGUUUCUUUUGUUUGAUACAGGGCAUGACGGCACUGGGUUUAGAAAUUAGGUCCAGUCAAAUUCCACCAGUGCACAUGAUUGGGUUAAUUCGAGUACAGACCAAGUAGGGAGUCUAAGAGAACGUGAGAUUAGGAACCUUGCUGCCCGCCUCGGGUCAUCAGAUAUUCGUUCCACAACAUAUGGAGUGCCUUAUCCAUA